GGGAGCCCCAGCCUCUCAGGCUAGUGAGCGUCACACGUGACGUGUGCUUGAUGGGUGUGAGGGCGGGGGCGACGGGCGCAGAGGAAGGCGGGCCUAAGAGCUGCAGAGGCCGGGAGCCGGGGAGCCCAGGAGAGCAAAAUGGGUGAGUUGCCCUUAGAUAUCAAUAUCCAGGAACCUCGCUGGGACCAAAGCACUUUCCUGGGUAGAGCCCGGCACUUCUUCACUGUGACCGACCCUCGAAAUCUGCUGCUGUCUGGGGCACAGCUGGAAGCUUCCCGGAACAUCGUGCAGAACUACAGGGCCGGCGUGGUGACUCCAGGGCUCACCGAGGACCAGCUGUGGCGGGCCAAGUAUGUGUACGACUCUGCCUUCCAUCCGGACACAGGGGAGAAGGUGGUCCUGAUUGGCCGCAUGUCAGCCCAGGUGCCCAUGAACAUGACCAUCACCGGCUGCAUGCUCACCUUCUACAGGAAGACCCCAACCGUGGUGUUCUGGCAGUGGGUGAAUCAAUCCUUCAAUGCCAUUGUUAACUACUCCAACCGCAGUGGAGACGCUCCCAUCACCGUGGGGCAGCUGGGAACAGCCUAUGUGAGUGCCACCACUGGGGCUGUGGCCACGGCCCUGGGACUCAAAUCCCUCACCAAGCAUCUACCCCCGCUGGUCGGCAGAUUUGUGCCCUUUGCAGCUGUGGCAGCUGCCAACUGCAUCAACAUCCCCCUGAUGAGGCAGAGGGAGCUGCAAGUAGGCAUCCCCGUGACCAAUGAAGAAGGUCAGAGGCUUGGCCACUCAGUGGCUGCAGCCAAACAAGGAAUUUUCCAGGUGGUGAUAUCAAGAAUCUGCAUGGCGAUUCCUGCCAUGGCCAUUCCCCCCGUGAUCAUGGACAGUCUGGAGAAGAAAGACUUCCUGAAGCGCCGCCCCUGGCUAGGGGCACCCCUGCAGGUGGGGCUGGUGGGCUUCUGCCUGGUGUUUGCCACCCCCCUGUGCUGUGCCCUGUUCCCCCAGAGAAGCUCCAUACACGUGAGCAGGCUGGAGCCGGAGCUGAGAGCUCAGAUCCACGAGCAAAACCCCAGCAUCAAAGUGGUUUACUACAACAAGGGGCUUUGAGGGAGGGUCAGCCCCCACCCAUGCCCCCACCUCCUUGGGCUGCUGCUGUAGCAGAACCUUUCCAUUGCUGCCACCUUCCCAUCUGCCUGGUCCUGGGCAGGGGGCUUGGUGGAAGAGCAGCUGUUGGGACCAGCAAUCCAUUAGGCUGGGAGAGGUGCCCCCAUAAGCCUUUUUCUCUCCUCUGAUUUCUUCUUUUUUUUUUUUUUUUUUUUUUUUUUUUUGUCUUUUUGCCAUUUCUUGGGCCGCUCCUGCGGCAUAUGGAGGUUCCCGGGCUAGGGGUCGAAUCGGAGCUGUAGCCACUGGCCUACGCCAGAGCCACAGCAACGCGGCAUCCGAGCCGUGUCUGCAACCUACACCACAGCUCAUGGCAACGCCGGAUCGUUAACCCACUGAGCAAGGGCAGGGACCGAACCCGCAACCUCAUGGUUCCUAGUCGGAUUCGUUAACCACUGCGCCACAAUGGGAACUCCCUCCUCUGAUUUCAAAAAGCAGGGUCGCAUAAUCCCUUUCUCCUGUGCUAACGUGUCUACAUAUGUACAUACGCGGUCCGUGUGUGUGUACAUGCUCUACCGGAUGUCCUCAUAUCUGGCUUCCCUUUUUAACCUCCUGCCACCUGCCAACCAGCCACGCUACAGGUUUCUUGCCUAACCUGUUCCACCAGCCAGGUCAUUUCUGAUGGGACCUUGCCCCUUCUGGACAGAGACUGAGGGACAUUAGCAGGCCAAAAUGGGCUGAAUCCUUCAGACUUCUGCUUCCUGGCUCUCAAAGCUGACUCAGGAACUGGGCCGGCGGCGGAGGAAGACAUGUCGGGAUAAGGGAGGCAGGGGGCUCAUCGAUCCCCCAUAUCCUGGAAUGGGUCAGCACCUCUCCUCUCCUCUGCUAGAACAAAGGAGUGUCCCUAUCCUAUACUGCUCUUGCCAUCUUCCCAUCUUCCCCAUGCUGCCCUAUGGGCAUCUUUGGGCACAAUCCUAGGAAUUCUUGGUCUGCUCUGACAUCAUAACCUCAAAUCUAAACCUAAAUCCCAACCCCCUCCCUCAACCAAAAAGCCAUGAAAGCAGAACAAGAAUUCCCCUUUAAGAGCCCCCCCACUGCACCCUCUUACAAAGGGACACAGCUGUGGAAAUGGUGCUUAAACUCCACAGGUAUCUGAAUGAGUGUAAGUAGGACACCCUCAAGGGCCACUAGGCCCUGAGUGAACAGUCUUAAGACAGGGAAUUUUGUGUUCCAUUGACCUUGUUAGACAUUCAGCAGAAUCCUGACUUUAGCUCCUUCUCUUUCCUGAGGCUUGGCCCUGCUAACAUUCCCACCUCUAAGAGGAUGAAGGGCCCAGGCAGCAGUGGUUGGUCCACACAGGAGGUGGGCUGGGGGAUGGAGUCUGUGCUGGUGAACUCACAGAGUGCGGAGAUGGGCCUUGACUCCAACUCCCAUGACCUCUGGCUGAAUUGGGGUGAAGGCCCCACAGGGAUCCUCUAAGAGUACUUUUCUGCUCCCCCAGCCGACCACAAGUAAUAAAAGCAAUGGUGCCACUGUUACUCAACAAAGUGAAAA